UAAAUCGAAUUAACCCUGCACCCGUCCACACAACGAAGCCAUUUAUUUCGAAAUAAAGGGCUCUUAAAAUCGAUAUCUGUACUCCACCCCAACGAGCGGAGUAGCGCCAAAAUCAAUUUUGUCAUUUCGAAUUAGGGUUAGUGUGGUCGCAAUUCGAUGGUAUUGGCCUCUGGGAGCUAUCCCACAGUGCACCAUUGUGACCGCUCUGGACAGCAAUCUGAACUUGGAUGCACUGGCCAGGUAGACAGGAAAAGCCCCGCGAACAUUUGAAUUUCAUUUCCUGUUUGCCCAGCGUGGAGAGCACAGGUGACCACAGAUAGCUCAUCAGCACAGGUAACCAUGCAGGCUGAUAAUCGAAAAAGAGCACCAGCAUGGACCGUACAGGAGGUACUGGAUCUGAUCGCUAUACGGGGAGAGGAUUCAGUGCUAGCAGAACUUCGUUCAAAAAGAUGAAAUGCCAAAAUUUUUGAAAAAAUCUCCAAAGGCAUGAUGGAGAGAGGCCACAAUAGGGACUCAGAUCAGUGCCGCGUGAAAGUCAAGGAGCUCAGACAAGCCUAUCAAAAAACAAAGGAGGCAAACGGUCGCUCCGGGUCAGAGCCGCGGACAUGCCGCUUCUACGCCGAGCUGCAUGCAGUUCUAGGGGGGGCCACCACCACUACCCCACCUCUGACCGUGGAUUCUGAGGCGGGGAUAAUCUCAUCAGCUACACCUGAGGAUUCUGCAGAUGGGGAAGAGGAGGAGGAGGAGGACGAGCUUGCAGAGAGCACCCAGCACUCCGUUCUCCCCAACAGCCAGGAUCUUUUUCUCAGCCUGACUGAAGUACCCUCCCAACCCAGUAUCCAAGACCACGACCCCAUGGAAGGGACCUCAGCAGCUGCAAAUUCUUCAAGCCUCCCUCCUCCGUCCCGAAGGCUAUCACAGAUUAGGCGUCGGAAAAAGAAGACUCAAGACGAUAUGUUCGCAGAAAUCAUGGAAUCCAUCCGCAGUGACAGAGCUAAUCUGAAUGAGUGGAAGGACACGGUUUCAAAGUAUAGGAAAGAAGCCAGUGAACGUGAGGACAGGAGGGACCAACAUGAGGACAUGAGGGACCAGGGCCGGCCUUAGCAAGAGCAGGGCCUGAUUGCCCGCCGGCAAGCCCCACCCCCAGGAAUCGGGCCCCGCUCGGGCUGGGGUCGUGGGGUUUGGGUCCGGGCCGGAGCCGCUGGGGCCGGGGCCAAGCUGGAGUCGCUUGGCCUGGGGCCGAGCCGGCGUGCCAGGGCCCGAGCGAGAGCCGCCGGGGUCAGAGGGGCUCGGGCCGGGGCCACUCGGACCAGCGCCCCAGGGCCCGAGCCGGGCCGGGGG